AUGUUGGAUGUCGCUAUCUACGAGCGUCAGACGCCGCUGACAGUCAACAAUGCCGAGUACGAGAAGCGCUGUGGCUCAGGUAGUCCGCCCGACCAUGUUUGCUUCACCUUCCUCGCUGGUGACGCGUCGAACGUCGAUGUCUCGAUCACCAAGGGCGAAUUUGCCUACCCUGCCACUGAUGUACUGGUCAAGGACGAUGCAUAUCACGAUUUUACGAUCGACGAUACGAGCAAGAGCUUCUCGAUGUAUUGGAUGGAUACGCACGUCAUGCUCAUCUACAACCCCAUCGCUACGAAGAAGGGCUGCUACAAUCUCCAGGUUAUGGCACCCGACGACAGCAACGCCAGGAUCUGGGUCAACGACGGUAUCCUCGGCGAAGGCAUCGAUCUGGACUCCGAUCAGACAGACGUUCAUAGCCGCGACUUCUGCACCAAGUGGAUCCGUCCCCACUCUGAUUAUGGUUCCUGGUUGGGCGGGGAGGCAAUGAGUUACCUCGACGACGGCUUAGCGCCAACAUCGUUGAUGUCGCACCUAGCGCAUCGACAACAAUCACAACGCUCAUACGACGAUGCCUCGCAAUGGCAUACUUCCUCCAGCACUGCGAGUUCAAGCGAAUUUGACUCCGACGACGAACUCGCCCUCCAGCGCGAGUGGGAACAACAAGUGGACCAGUUCAAACUGCUCUUCCAGAUCGUAGUGUGCCCCUUUGUCGGCAAGUUUUUCGGUCGAAAGUUCGGAUACUUUUGUAAGUCACCCCCUUAG